AUGCCUUGUAGAAUCUACCGCUCAUCCUACCCACCCGUCGAGUUGAUUGACAGCGAUUUAUUGACCUUCCUCUUUUCGAAUCCGAGAAACGCUCCAGACGAUAAGCCGAUAUUCAUUGAUGCGGUCACAGGCGCACAUCGCAGCUAUGGAGACAUUAAGCGAAGGACGCGGUCACUCGCGCAUGGUCUGCGAGAGCUAGGAGUCAAGCCUAAAGAUAUUGUUGCUCUAUUCAGUCCCAACACUAUUGACUACGCAAUCACUUGCUAUGGUAUCCUGGGCUGCGGUGCUACCGUGUCGCCUGUCAGUGCAGCCUACACCCCAAUGGAACUGCAGGCGCAGCUCGAGACCAGCGGCGCCAGAUAUCUAAUUGUACAUUCCUCGCUCCUCUCGACAGCCGAAGAGGCGCUCAAAUCCAUCCCCGCCAUUCAGGUCAUUCAAGCAGAUGGAGUCCGCGACAAGAAGGGCAAAUCGACCGCCGAAGACCUCGCUUCGAACUGUCCACCCAGCCCGGUCGUCAGCAUUGAGUCGAGUGAGGCCGAGGAACGGCUUUGCUUCAUGUGCUUCUCUUCGGGUACCACGGGUCGAGCAAAGGGCGUGAUGACAACUCACAAAAACCUAGUAUCCAACAUGCAGCAAUGGGACGCCCAAAUGCCCGGCGAGACGACAGGGGACCUGACGACGGUGACAUUUUUACCAUUCAGCCACAUCUACGGUCUGACAUCUUUUAUUUGCGUAAACACAUUCGUGGGCAAUGCCGCCGUCGUCCUAAGUCGUUUCGAUCUAGAAGUCUUCUUGUCGAGCUGCCAAAAGUAUCGACCGGAAAUGGUUAGCUUGGUUCCACCAGUUAUGUUGUUGCUGGCCAAAAACCCCUUGGUGAAGAAGUACGACCUUAGCAGCCUCCAAAGACUAUUCUGUGCCGCAGCUCCGUUGAGUGUGGAGCUUCGGGAGGCUGUUGAGGCACGGUUCAAGGAGUUGUAUGGGACAACUGUAUUGGGUCUGCAGGCUUGGGGCAUGACUGAGACUAGCCCGCUUGGCUCGGCCGUCCCUCCAAGCCGGCCGGACAAGAGGCAUACAGUCGGGUGUAUCACACCAAACAUGGAAUAUAGGGUGGUUGACCCGGAGACCAUGCAAGAUACAGGGUAUGAGCCAGAUGGGUCUGCAGUCCCUGGGGAGUUGUGGUGCCGCGGACCAAAUGUGACCAAGGGUUAUUAUCGGAACGAAGAGGCUACGAGGAGUGGUUUCGCAACCGAUGAGGAAGGCAAGCUGUGGUUCCGGACCGGUGACAUAGGGACUAUUGACAAAGACGGAUUCCUGAUCAUUGUCGACAGGAUAAAGGAAAUGUUCAAGUAUAAGGGCUUGCAAGUCAUUCCGUCAGAGCUGGAGGGUAAGCUCCUGGAACACCCUGACGUCGAAGAUUCCUGCGUUGUCCCCCACUGGAUCGAAGAACAGGCAACGCAUGUUCCAGUCGGAUUCGUCGUGAUAAGUCAGAACGCCAAGGCCAAGGGCCAGAAAAAUAUUGUUGAAGACAUUGACAAAUGGUUGAAUGCAAGAGUCGCCAACCACAAGAAACUGAGAGGAGGCAUCCAUAUCAUCGACGCGAUCCCCAAGUCGCCUUCCGGAAAAAUUCUGCGGCGAGAACUGGCGGGGAUGCUCAAAGAGAGGAGCGGAAGAACGGGAUCGAAGCUGUGA